AAAAUUUUUGUUAAUAUUUUCAUUGCAACAUGUUUUGUCAUCCAAGACAAUUUCAGGAGGAUAAACAAAAAAUAAAUAAAUAAAUAUUAGAAUAGGCCCUGGUCCUUAUCUUUGUUGUGCAGGUAGCAGUUGAAAUUGUACUUCCCUCUAGGGUCUUUCAGCGCACUUAUCCCUGGUUAUGUAUGCACUUUGUCAUACGUCGCUCUGGAUAAGAGCAUCUGCCAAAUGCCAUUAAUGUAAUGUAAUGUAAUGUAAUGUAAAGAGCUGGCUAAACUCCUAUGAUGUCCAGGCUAGAUAAUGACAUCACAUAAAACUAUGGUUAAAACAAACUACAGGCAUACAUUCAUACCCUCUAUAUCCAGAAUCUAUUUUAAUACCUUGUUGCCAUGUGCAUGACUUGCAGCAGGUAAUCUAGUGGAGGCAGAAACACUGGGGGAUUUCAAGACUAGGCUUGAUAUAGUACUAGAUACUACUUAGUUAUUAGUUGUUAUGUUGUAUGUUAUGUUAUGUUAUGUUAUAUGUUAUAUGUUAUGUUAUGUUACCUUAUCUUAUCCUAUGGUAUGUUAUGUUAUAUGUUGUGUUGUGUUAUGUGUUAUUUUAUAUUAUACUAUGUUAAGUUAUAUUAUGUUAUCUUAUGGUAUGUUAUGUUAUAUGUUGUUGUGUUAUUAUGUUUUGGUAUGUUAUCUUAUGUUCUAUAUUAUGUUAUGCUAGGUUACAUUAUAUUAUGUUAUCUUAUGGUAUGUUAUGUUAUAGGUUGGCAUGUUGUGUUAUAUGUUGUGUUGUCUUAUGUUACGGUACAUUAUGUUAUCUUAUGGUAUGUUGUGUUGUGUUGUUAUGUUACGUUAUAUUAUGUCAUGGUGUGUUAUGUUAUAUGUUGUUUUAUGUUAUGUUACGUUAUAUUAUGUUACGGUGUGUUAUGUUAUGUGUUGUUUUGUGUUAUGUUAUGUUACGUUAUAUUAUGUUACGGUGUGUUAUGUUAUAUGUUGUUUUGUGUUAUGUUAUGUUAUGUUAUGUUACGUUAUAUUACGUUACAGUGUGUUAUGUUAUAUGUUGUUUUGUGUUAUGUUACGUUAUAUUAUGUUCCGGUGUUUUAUGUUAUAUGUUGUUUUGUGUUAUGUUACGUUAUGUUAUGUUAUGGUGUGUUAUGUUAUAUGUUGUUUUGUGUUAUGUUAUGUUACGUUAUAUUAUGUUCCGGUGUUUUAUGUUAUAUGUUGUUUUGUGUUAUGUUAUGUUACGUUAUAUUAUGUUACCUUAUGGUAUGUUAUGUUAUAUGUUAUGUUGUGUUGUUAUGCUAAUCUCUGUGCAGGGCUGUGAGGAUCAGGCUGCAUCGGUAGUGGUUUUUGAUCACGAAUCGGGUGAGCACCCCCGUGUGGGCCCCCCUGUCCCGGAGAAACCGCACUGGCUCCUGCGACCCAUCGCCCCAGCACACCUGCUGCUCACCGACGCAACAGGUGAGGCUGUGCAGAUAAAGGGAGCCCCCCACCCCAGGUUUUUAGCGCUGUCCUCGGACCCCGGCAGCCGGUGUUUACCCCUGAGGAAGACGCACAGCGACCUGCCCCACGGCGAGGCCCCGCCCACCAGCUCCACCUCAGAGCUGAUGGAGAACAUGGCUCUGAUGUGCUCCUCCUGGAACGGGCCGAGAGGCUCCACCUUCUGCCCCAACUGGGACAGCUCCUUCAGCCCCUACCUGCUGAACCCCGACCCCGUCACCGUGGCGAUCCCGCAGGUCCGCGGGGAGGGGAGGGGCCUGCGGAGCGAUGACACGCACUACCGUGACCGCUCCUUCUCCAUACCCGCCGACUCCGGUUCCUUCAGCCCGGGGGGGCGCAGCCGGGGGGGCGAAGGUCACGCGCUCUCCUACCCCAGCAGCGGCUCUGAGCAGGGCAGCAGCCCCGUCAGCACGUCCACCAGGGCGGCGACACCCAUGGCCUCUCUGACGGCGGGGCAGGGAAGGGAGUGCCACCGCAGCAUCUCCCUGAGGAAGCUGAAGAAGAAGCCCCUCCCCCCGGUGCGUAGCGUCUCUCUGGGGAAGACUGGACGGGGAGAGACGCCUGAGACCAGAGAUCAGGCCCGGCCCCGCAGCCUGUGUCUCCCCAGGGACCUAUGCAACUCUGUCCCUCCAGAUGUCAUUCUCAGCUCCAGGCCACGCCCCAGCCUGUCUGACACAGUCAGUGGGACGGAAUCUUCCCUCCCUAGCCAAUCAAAAUCCAGCAACCGUCACAGGUCCCCGUCUGGCUCCAGUACGGCAGAUGUCCCGCCCCCUCUGGAGGCGUCUAACACGCACGGCAGCUCGGAGUCGCUCCCCUCCCCCUUACCCUCCCCCCCCUCCCAAACCAGCCCCUCCCAGCUCUCCCCCGAGUUCACGCUUUCCCCCAUCAAACCGGCCCGGCUGCUGUCCCCGUCCAGCGGAUACUCCAGCCUGUCAGACACCCCCACCCCCACCGUGGUGCCCACCGCCGCCAUCAUGGGUCCCUCCCCGCUGGGCUGCAGGAUGCGGCCUAAAGUCCCGGAGAGGAAGUCGUCCCUGACCCCGGCCUCGGCGCGGGAGAGGGCCGCCCGCGUGAGGCUGUCCUGCGAGGUGCCCGUCUCCUCGCUCCAGGACCCGGCUGCCGGCAGGGCCAAGACCAAGGCCGCCCGCCGCCAUUCCGACUGCUCCUCGGUGGCCGUCGCCAUGGUGAAGCUGAGCCCCUGCCAGGGUGCCAUGCCCCUGGUGACGGAGACAGACCUGAGGAACGUGCGUCUGAGGUCCGUGGGGCUCCCCGAAAGUGAGGCCGGGGCGGAGGGCGGCCCGCAGGUCAUCCCGGAGGAGCAGGACCAGGCCCACAGCCCCGUCAGAACGCCCAACCUGAGGCCCAAACCUCCAAUCGCUGCCAAACCCGUCCUGCCCAAACGACCCCUCAGCCUGGUAUUGAGCCCUACCCCUGUAUCAGAGUCCCCGCCUGCUUCGCCCAAAGAGCGGCCCCGUCCCCUGCCCAAACGGCCCCUCAGCCUGCUGCUGAACCCCGGCCCCUGCCUCUCCCCCUCUCCCCUGGACCCGACUCCACACACGGCCCCCGACCGCCCCUCACCCCUGGGGAACAUCUACAAAGUUCUGAGGAAGCGGAAGUCUAAAAAGAGUCUGGCCCCAGCCCCUCCCGGCCCUGCAGCGGCCCAGGAGUGUGGCCAGCAGACACCGGCGCUCGACCCCCAGCGGGAGGCAGAGCGCCCGCCCUCCUCCAGCCACACCGAGACGCGUGACAGAACCAGGACGCUGCCCAGCAGGAAGACCGUUUCCUGUUUGGCUGAGCUGGACAGGAAGCAGAACAAGGUGCCCCCACCCGUGCCCAGGAAGCCCAGCGUCCUCCUCCUGCCUGUCAACGGUGUCUGCGGGGGCGUCGACGCGGAGCGAGCGCUCAAAGCUCACGCUGCUGAAGCGCAGCAGGACUCUGCUGGCCCCGCUAAGACAGACAGAGUCACGGGCGUGGAUCCGCGGGUGAAAGCACCUGAGUCAGGAAUAGACCUUUCACAGGAUGGGCCAGAAGAGGACUAUGAUGAUGUGUUUGUGACCUCCACCUCUCACACCACAGAGGACCUCUUCACCAUAAUUCACAGGUCAAAGCGAAAGGUCUUGGGACGCAAAGAACCAUUGGACCUGUUCGGCAGCCGACAGAGCCUGUCCUCAGUGGGGAAGACCGAGGCGGGGAGCGGCACGUCCCGCUCCAGCUCCCGAAAUGACAACUUCAUGGCCAUGCUGCAGAAGAGGAACGGGCGGAACGGGCCCUUGGGCCGGCCCACUGCUGCCGAGAUGCUGCAGAGCACCAAGCCGCUCGCCCACCGCUCUGCCGACUGCCCCCCGCCGUACCCCGAGAGCUCGGCCAAACCGCCGCAGCACUGACCCCCGCCAACGCGCCGGGCCCCUCCUCCCCCCGCGGUCUGUGUAGCCGUGCUUAUGGUGGUGCUGUGGCUGUGGCUUUGCUGUUCUCCUGAGGUUUUUUUUAUCUGUAAACAUCUUCUGUCUCCCAAGAAGUGAGUUUGUAUGUUUUUAAAUUGUUUUUAACAUUUUUAAAAAGCCUCUUGACUACGCUUUUCGUUGCUCUCGUAGUCAGAGGGACAGAACCAAGCGGGUCUGUUUUACAUUGAAAGGGAGGGGGUCAACAUCAGCUCAACCCGGAGAUCUGAGCACAAGGUUCCUGAAUAAAAACAGUGGGCCCCUGAAUCAGAAGAGUAGAAUAGUGGGCCCCUGAAUCAGAACAGUGGGCUUCCUGAAUCAGAACAGUGGGCUCCUGAAUCAGAACUGUGGGCCCUUGAAUCAGAAUAGUGGGCUCCUGAAUCAGAAUAGGAGAAUAGUUGGCCCCUGAAUUAGAACAGUGGGCUCCUGAAUCAGAACUGUGGGCUCCUGAAUCAGAAUAGUAGAAUAGUGGGUCCCUGAAUCAGAACAGUGGGCUCCUGAAUCAGAAUAGUAGAAUAGUGGGCUCCUGAAUCAGAACAGUGGGCUCCUGAAUCAGAACAGUGGGCUUCCUGAAUCAGAACAGUAGAAUAGCGGGCCCCUGAAUCAGAACAGUAGAAUAGUGGGCCCCUGAAUCAGAACAGUGGGCUCCUGAAUCAGAACAGUGGGCUUCCUGAAUCAGAACAGUAGAAUAGCGGGCCCCUGAAUCAGAACAGUAGAAUAGUGGGCCCCUGAAUCAGAACAGUGGGCUCCUGAAUCAGAACAGUAGAAUAGUGGGCCCCUGAAUCAGAACAGUGGGCUCCUGAAUCAGAACACAGUCUAAUUGAAUUGGAAUUCACAGCAAGCAUUGACACUGGUGCGCUGACCUGGGAAAAUUGAUAUGGGGAUACUCUGAAGGGAGGUUUCAGAUCCUGCCCAGGACUUCUCAGAAUUUCCACCAUAGUUAUUAAUGAAUGAAUGUAUAAAUAAUAAAGGGCAGCUAUAACUGUCUGUAUGGCACCUUAGGUAAUGCAGGGGUACAGAUGGAAACUCUUGUUGUGGUACCGUGGAGCUCCUCACUGGCUCAGAAGGAUGAUGAAACUUCAGAAAGGGGCUAUGGUUGUUCUUUAUCUGACAGUCAUUUGUCAGUGAUGCCCUGGUAGUUAAGAUGUAAUUUGUUUUUAGACACUCAGGUGCUUUUUCUACUCUCAGGUGACCAUAAAAUGUUUGGUGUGUAUAUAUUAAUAUAUAAUUUAGUCACAUAUAAAAAUUGCAUAUAUAUGAAACUGGGAACAGGAAUGCAAGAUCUCUGCAUGCUCUUCUGUACUCUCUCCAAGUCAAUCAAACUAAUAGUGCCGUGAUGGGACUGUUCUAUAUAAUAUAACUGGAAAUCCAAAAAGCAAAAAAUGUGGUUGUAAUAAUAAUAUUUUAUUCAUCUAGCACCUUUCUCAAACCCAAGGUCACAAAGAACAACAGAUUUUAAAAAAUGAGUUUUUCCAGGGAGGAAAGAAAUGAGAAGCAUACAAGAGCUGAAGAACAGAGACUGAACUCUAAACUGUUAUCUCACUACAGAUGUACAUGAAUGUGGCUAUAGACCAGGACUUGACUGAGACCUCAGUCAGUGUCCCUUGAUUGACCACAACUUCAUAGACUGCAGUAUGGAGGAUGGCAAGAUCGUAGAGCAGAAUAUCUGUGAACACAGUAUCUGUGGUUUGAUAUGCAGAGAUGAGUUUGUUUUUAGCAAAUAGAAUAUCUGUGACAGGAACAUAGGACCCUGGCGUGUCCUUCAGAAAGUGGAGUACAGUGUACAGUGGGUUGGAACCCUGGACUGGGUAUGUGAGACUGGCUCACUGUAGUCUCCUCUCCAUGCCCUGGUGCUGCAGAGUGGACCUCUGCCAACAGACUCUCCAUCCAGAGGCGUGUCCAACACACGCCUGCAACAUACGUCUGCUCUCCCCCCCCUCUCUCUCUCUCUGUCUCUCUAUCUCUCCCCCUCCCUCCCUCCCCAGAGGACUGUCCUCCAGCUUCGAUUCUGGAACUUCUCCCUUAAUGUUUUUUUCUUCUUUUUUUUCUUUUUUACAAGUAGCUCUCAACAGCCCAUUUUUAAAUCUUCAGAAUUAGCUGAGUAUACUACGUACAGUAUGUGAAGCAGUGUGUGGCUUUUGCUCGAAAUAUUUAGCAAAUGAAACUAAAAGCAGUGUUUGCUUGCCUUGUACUCUGGUUUAUAAUGCCUGAAUAUUCUACUUCCUUCAGAGUUGUUGGUGGGUGUUUAACUGUUAAUAAUUGAUUUUAUACUGUUCAGGCCAUUAUUGCUCUCCUGUUAACUAGUCUUUUGUAAGGCCCUGCAGAGAUGUUUGUGUAGAUGCUACUUUACAGGGUUACAGAUUCAGGGAGGUGCACCAUUAUACCCAAUAUCCUGGGUCUGUUUCCUGGGUUCAGGUAAUCUUGUUGAAGAACAGAGGUUGGUAUUUCGUUCAAAAGCAUUUAUUGUACUGGCAAACCUUUGGGAGAAGUUUAGAAGAUAGCAAGACAGCAUUGAUAGCAUUGGUAUCUUGGUUUUCAAAAGAGCCCUCAUCUGUUGCGCAGUAGAUGAUGAAGCUUGCCGUAGUGGAUUUUAGAGGGAGUCCGUUUUAGAGGGUGUAGCGUGCUGGCAUCUGUUUAAGAGGGUACCACUUACAGGAUGAAUACUAUCUUCAAUGGGAAGAUACAACUGGAGCUGAGUUUACACAGAAUGUUAAAGUAAGCAGAUAGACCAGAGAAUUCAGAGCUUAAACCCCAACACAGCUGCCUGUAAGCAGCUACUGUAUGUCUUGCCGAUGUAAUUAAAUUAUAUCGUAAAAAUAAAUUAUUUUUAAUGUUUAACUCUCA